AGUGCAGUAUUACCAAGUGCAGAAUUGCCAUUGUUAUUGUAACUUCCAUUUAAAAAUUGAAAAUUCAAAAUAUAAACAAAUUUAAAUUAGAAAAGUAACGCCCACUUGGUGUUGCAAGGCCCGCCAACCGCACGAAAGUGACAUCAUCUGCCAGAAAUUUGACGUUCGUGUAAACAUGGCCGACAUCUAGCCAAGUCAGCGAUUCUGCGACCGAUUUGAAUUUUGAAUGGUACAAGAUCAGUUCCCCAACAUCCGUACGUUGAACAACAACAAACCGACAAAAUGGACAAUCUACUGGGCAUGUGGAAGGUGCGCGAGCUCGCCGACAAAAUCACCAACGUGGUCAUGAACUACACCGAAGUGGAGGCGAAAGUUAGGGAGGCCACAAAUGACGAGGCAUGGGGACCAACCGGGCAGAUCAUGCAAGAACUGGCCCAUUCCACCUUCACCUAUGAACACUUCCCCGAGGUGAUGUCCAUGCUGUGGAAGCGCAUGUUACAAGACAAUAAGCAACACUGGAGGCGAACAUAUAAGUCUUUGUUAGUGUUAAAUUAUCUUAUUAAAAACGGGUCGGAAAGGGUGGUGACUUCAGCUAGGGAACACAUAUACGACCUAAGAUCAUUGGAAAAUUAUUCUUUUGUUGAUGACACAGGGAAAGAUCAGGGUGUAAAUAUUAGGCACAAAGUUAAAGAAUUAAUUGAUUUCAUACAAGACGACGAUCGAUUAAGGGAAGAACGGAAAAAGGCCAAGAAAAAUAAGGACAAAUAUAUAGGGAUGAGUUCUGACAUGAUGGGCAUGAGAUCAGGUGGUGGCGGAGGCGGCUACGGUGGCUGGGACGACAAACCGCCCUCCCGUGAACGUGGCGAUUACGCCGACCACGAAUGGGACGACACGAACAACGUGAACCAGUACAGGGACCGUUCGUUCGACGAGGACUAUGAACGUGACGACAGGGACGACCCGUCCUCCACCGGCGACGACAUAGAUCUCCCGUCGUCGCUGCGCGUGUCCAACGGUCGCACAUCGGCUGAUUCUGUGCAGCCUAAAAGUCGUGUGAACAUCAGCCUGAACACAUCGAUCGCGGCCGCCGGUAGCCCCACCAAACGGCCAGCGCGACAAAUCAAAAAGGUCGAUUUGGGGGCGGCCGCCUCGUUCGGCCGUGACGCCACUCAGAGUCCCGUACAAAGGACGACGUCUAGCGGAGCAGGGGAUUUACUAAACGACGACUUCGACCCCAGAGCGGGAGAGUUGAUAACUACCACAGAAAAGACACCCGAAUUUGGGGACUUCGAAAACGCAUUUGGAAACGCACCUACUGGCGGGGAAGUACCGAAGUCGGGAGAGGAUGACUUUGCUGAUUUCAGCGCAGCUUUCGCCGGCCAAUCAGCCCCGGCUCCAGUUUCCCAGCCACCGGCGGCGACGGCAGCUGAUAACCUGUUAUUGGGCGGAGACUCACUCCUAGGCGGCGGAUUGUUGGGACCCACUCCGGUUUCGCCUCCCAAACCGUCAGGCGGCGAUUUGUUGGGCGACUUCGCCGGUCUCGCCCUACAAACGCUGCAACCCAACUUCGGGGCGACGCUCAACAACAACCAGGGACUGUUGGGCAGUCCGACGAACGAUCUCCUCGAUGGUCUCACUGAUCCGAGUGCCGGGACACGUAACCCAGCAAAAGUGCGCAAGAAAACCAACGAAUGUCGACUGGAAGACAAACUAAUGACGGCCAUCCAAUACUUGGGCUCCGUCGACAAACCGACGUCUCAAUCUCACAUCGAUGCUAUCUUGACGCACGUGCAGGGGGUUGUGGACGCGCUGCCCGGGCCGUUUUGUUCGCAAAAAGUAACGGGACUGGACGAGGUCGAUUGCGGCAAGGCUCGUACGCAAUACGCGUUGUUCUUAGAAAGUUUGAUCGGGAAGUUUGACCACAGUUUUCCGUUUUGUGACGGUAGAAUUUACCACCCGAUUCAACAAUUGUUUGCGGUAGAAGAUCCGCACUUGUUUUAUGCGGUUGUGGAUGUCGUAGCCAAGAAAAUGACCAUGAAUAAUGUUUUAGUCGAGUUACUGGAGAUGGGCUUUAGGGGUGAAGGAUUGUUUUCGACGUUCGUUUACUUCAGUCUCGUUCCAGACUAUGGGAAUUUUUUUGAGGUCAACGAAAUAAUUGACAAUCUGGAACACCUUGUCAGGAUUUUGCUUUCAUUGCCCAACAGGGUUGCAAAUAUAUUGCGGGGAAACGUCCCACAGUUUUUUCAAGUCAAGAAUUUUACCAAUUUUAUGACCUUGAACCUGUUGAAGCUUGUUGAAUGUUUGUGUUGCUUAAUUAAUCUGGAUAAAGAUGCCAAAAUUAACUACAACAUGAUUGCAUACAUACUGGGCCGAAUUGCUGUAGAUUUUAAUGAAAGGCUUACUUCUGAAAGUUUAAAAACCUUCAUUUCCGUCUUGUCUAUAAUCACCAACAAAAACGGAGUAAAAACCAAGACGUACAGAAAAAUAACAAGCGAAAUUUUAGACAAAUUAGACAGACCAUCAAUCGAAAUAAUGGCAAAAAUGAUCCUGCUACAAACCGACCCCAAAACCUACUCAAUAAAGUACAUCCUCAGUGCUGAUUUGAUCAAAAACGAAAACUGGAAAUUCGUUUUAUGUAAAAAGAUACCGCUCCUCAGUCAUUUCAACGAAGCCUACGACAAUCUGAUAUACAAUCUGGUAAUUUACUUAAGCACUUCCUCCCAUCACAAUCUGAAAGAACUGCUGGUUAAUUUACUAAACGUGUGGUCGGAUAAGUCGUCGGUGACUCACACGAGCGUCGAACGUCACAUGUUUAUAUCGAAAACGAUUAUGUGCAUUCUAAAUUCCUUGAAUAACAUCGACUUGAGCGUACCCGAAAGGAAACACGUACAUGAGCUCGUAAACGCGGGAAUGUCCGUUCUGUUGCAGUCGAACGUUUCCGCCAUUAGAUUUACCGGCAUGAAAACCGGGGAGAAACUGGUUAAUUACAUCAACUCUGAGAUGCAGGAUAAAGAGGACAUUAAACUGGAGUUUGAGUACGAUGACGCGUCCGAAGAUGUAAAAAUUAUGUUGAAAAUACUGGACGACUUUAGUUCGUGUGACAUGUCUCCAAUGUUCAAGGAUAAAAAUUGUAACGAUGAAGAUCUGGACGUUUAUUUGGAUAAACUGAAGCUAGUAGAAACCAAAGAAGUAACCUACGUGCCGCCCGAGAGGACAUUCAGAGUAAAAACCUCGGAGCCGAGCAACGAAUUCGUUUCCGAAAGCGUUACCAAAGUCUCCAACAUUAAAAUAAUCGACACCGAUUUUCAGUUAGAUUCGGACGACGAUUUGGAGCCGUACGACGUUUCGAACGACGUCAAGACGUCAAAGAAGGAACCGCCGAAAUAUUUACGCGACUUACGGGACGGUUUGAUCGAAACCAACGACCACGAAAUUUUCGAGUUGAGCGUGGAGAAUUGCGAGAAACUGGUGGCGCAACAGUUGCCUGAUGAUGAUCCCAGCAUAGGUUUGGAACUCCUGGAACUACUGAUUGGACUUGAGCCGAAGUUUUACGUUGAAAAUUUCGACUCGUUGGUUUAUCAGAGUUGCGUGGCUAUCACCUGCGUGUACCCCGCUGUCUACACGGAGUUUCUGUGCAAGAAAAUCCACGCGGAAAUCACAAUUUAUUCCAUCGUCCAUCGAAUAUUUAUGUUGGACGUGCUGCGUGCGGCAGCCAGGACUUUGUCCAGCUUAAAACCGGAGCCCGUUGAGCCAAAACCUGUUAAGAAACGGCACGACGUUGAGACCGCAGAAGACAUAAUCAAAAAACGGCUGGAGUCGAAGACUCGACGGUUCGUUAAGCACAAGCAUUUCCGAUUGGAAAAGGUCAACAAGUUCGCUGAAGUGGCCGGCCACUUUUUCUUUCCCCUCCUGUACGGCUACAAUCAAAACGCUCUGCUGCGACCCGGCGACAAAACCGACGACACCGACUAUCUCCUUCUGAUCCACUACGUCGAGACGUUGGCGGUACUGUUAUUCGCCUCCCAGAACUGCAUUCUGGUGCCUCGCAUGGCCAAGGAAGUGUUGCAGUUCUGCUGGUUCCUCCGGUUCCAUCGUGACGUUAGGGUGCGGAUGGCUGUCAUUAAUUUGAUCGGGGCGGCGAUCAUUAACGUGCCCCACGCCAUUUUGGUCACUGAUUUCUUGGACGAACUGCUCGAGAUACGAUUGUGGUUGUCGGAUUUGCUUAGUCCGAACGUCGUUAGGGGUGAAUCGAAUUUGGAGUGCAGAUCUUUGGCUGCCUCCACCAUGAUUUUGGUCGAGAGUUUUUUGAAACUUGACUUAGAUUGUGAGGAGUGAAAUCUUUAUUCUGUUGUAUUAAAGCUUUUGUUCAUUUUAUAAAUAUUAUCUAAUAAAAGUAACUGAGUAAGA